AUGGAAUUAAAAAAUAUUACUACUUCUACUUCUAUUGUACCAUCAUCAAUAAAAACUUGGCUAGAACCGAAUGACAUACGAAUUCUUUCUCAAGGUCGCUUAAAAGUUCCUGAAACAAAUCUAAUUCCAGCUAUCUGUUUUUAUAAUGGUACAUUUGUUCCAAUUCAUGCAGGCCAUAUUAGUGUCUUGGAAGAUGCAAAACGGUACAUUAAUAAUCUUGGUACACAUGAGUUGCUAGCUGCAUAUAUAUCUCCUUCACAUUCUGGAUAUGUUGCGAAGAAAUUAAAUCCAGAUGAGUUGAUUGGAGCCGGGCAUCGUUUAUCAAUGAUCUAUCUUGCAAUUGAAAAUCUUGAUUGGGUUAUGGUAGAUUUAUUUGAAAUGUUUCAACCAUGCAAAACUCAAUUAAGUAUUGUCAUGGAAGCUUUUAUUUCACGUGUUCGCUCGCAACUUCCUGAUGGCGAACGAAUUGAUGUAUUUUGGUUAAAAGGAGAAGACGCGCUGUCUCGUACUAAGUCAUCUGACGAUGUUAUUCGAUUAGGAUUUCACUCAAUAUAUGUUUUGAAUCGAGGAUGCAAUGAGAAUAUAAUUAACAAAAAUGAUGAAUUCAAAACUAUUCAGGAUUAUCAUGAAAAACGUUGGCGAGAAAUACAAACAUUAUCAUCUUUUCCAGAAAAAUUUCAUCUAGUUCAAGCAACACAUAUGAAUCUUUCCUCUAGUACUAUUCGAGCCUGUGCACGCAAUACCUUUACAACACGUGAACAACUUCAUUCAUGUAUUCAACUUGACAAGAUCACCAGUUACAUUAUACAACAUCAAUUGUGGAGCACACAAUCUACUAUAAUGCCAGUUCUCCCUACUUUUCCUAAUGAAAUUAUCGAUCUAACACCUGAACUUCUUUCAUACAUGCUCUCCGCAUAUACGAGCUCAUCAAUAAAAGUAAAUUCCUUUAUGUUUGAACCGAUUGGUGUUGGCAAAGAAUCGAGAGUGUCACAUAAAGCAUAUGCUUAUGCCAAAGCACUUGUUACACAUAUUCCACAUCUUUUUCAGACACUUACCGAUGAACAUUACACUUUAUCACAUGGUGACUUUUGGAUUAAUAAUAUCUACGUACGACGUAAUCAAUCACGUCGAUUAGUACUAUUUGAUUGGCAGACUUGUUGUCGCGCAAAUGGAUUAAUCGAUGUCGUGUUUCUUCUACGCUUGCUUGAUGGUGAUCGAGCUCGUUCACUCGAACCACAACUUCUCGAACUGUAUCAUCAAACGUUGGUAAAGUAUGGAAUUUCGCACUACGAAGCAUCUGCCAUUCGUGACGAUUAUUAUUCAUUGGCUCUUCCAUUUAUGUUCAUUAUUAUUUCUUC